GGAGUAAAAUUCCAGCAAACGGAUUCAGCGACGGACACAUUGGAGGUGCAAUUUAUAGUUGUCAAAUGAAUCUUUAAAUUUGACUAAUUUGACGUUUGCAAUUAGUCUACCAACAUAGAGGUUGAGAUGGUGGCUAAGGGACAGAAGCGCAAGAUCCAUGGGGAUUAUGAGAUCGGCGGUUCCGUUUGGGCAAGUCAGCUUCAGUCUGUGUUGGACAUCUCCAUGGAUAAGUUCCACCAUGACCAGGCUUUAGUGGAGCCCAGCUUAUUACGCUCUGUCCUUAUCAACAACACACUUCGGCAAGUCCAGUUCGAGGUAGAGUCCCUGUCUGUGGUCGGAAAUCCCAAAUCGCAAACCUACACAGAAUUGCAGCUGGAGUCGGAUUUUUCCAGAGGUUCCCCUUUAAUGGGUCAUAAUACACAUACGGAUGAGGAUUUCAUGGCCUGGUCUUCAGAGGAUGAGUUUUCUUUAUCUUCAGCCAUCUCUGCUAUUCUCAAAGAUCUAGAUGCAGUCAUAGAGAUCGGUGGUCCAGGACCUUGUGUAUCUCAGCGGGCUCCGCUUGGCUCUAUUGAGAAUGUAACAAGAGAUGGAAAGUUCACACAAUCAGGUUUGAGAACUGAAAGAACAUCUGAUAUAAUAUCAUCAUCCAGCAAAAUAGACACGAUGUAUCCUAGUGGUCUUCAGGAUGUGGCUUUAGAUAAACUGCUUCUGGACAUUGAUACAACCGUGUUUGAACCGGAAGUGAAUUUUCUGCAAGGUUUUUCUGUUACUGCUGAUGAGCUGGUCAAGUGUCUGCCGUCAAUGUCCAAAUCAUCAUCCUUAGACUCUCCCUCAUCUUCAAUCUGUCACGGUCAGGCCACAUGGGAAAUUCAUGAGAUAGAGCAUGUUAUGGACAUCCUGAUGAGAACUUGCCCACAGAGUUAAUACUUCUGGAGUUCAUUGAUACAAAACCAAUGGUUAUAGCGUUCUCUAGUAUCGAGAAAUGUUCUUGCAUUAAAAGUCAUCCGAGGAGUUCAGCUGGGGUGUUAAGAUUGUUCAAGUCGUGAUGGUUUUGAGAUUGAGUCAAUAGAAAAUUGCGUCUGUAUUUUUGUUAUAUGUUGAAAGUAUUGUUCUUUAAGAUAUAUUGCACUUUUCAUCGAGUUCAAUCCAAAUCAAAGGUUUUAAACCGGGUGAUCUAGAGUCAAUGUAGUGUUCAAAUAGAAAAUGAAUUUAUGUGAACAAAUGUUAACAAAAAUGUGUAUAUUGUAGUUAAAAACUAUUAUGUGCAUAACAUAAGCAUAAUGUUUAUAGCUUGCGCUGUUUCGACACACACACGUGGGUGCCUAUGCAAAUCAUUUACUAAUAAUGACAUUGUUUACCUGUAUUAUGAAUAUUAACCACUCUUUGUAUUCUAUUGUUCUUGAAAUAAAGUGAUAUUUGGUGACACCCAGUGGCUGGAUGGAGUGUAUUUGAGAAAUAGGGAAUAGCGAUGUUCUGAUGCUAGUUGAGAUUAUAAAUAGCCUUACACACCUAACGUUGUAGUUGGCUUUAU